AUGCUCUCAAGAUCACUACGUAACCAUAUAGGAACAUCGAAUAGAAGCAUAAUUACCAUACGACUUAAUUCCAAAACUGCUGAAACAUAUAUAAGAUCAAAACCAAAAUUUUGGUCAUUAUUUAAAUCAUCAAUAACAAAAUCAUUAAUUUUAACUCUUAUAACAACUUCAAUAAUAAUAGAUUUAAUUAAAAUUAGAAAAGAUUUGACCAACUUGAAAACAUCAUAUAAUUUAAAAUUUGAAAUUUUAAACAAUAUAAUCAAAAAUUUAAAAAGUAAUGAAGUUGAUCCUGAAUUUGAUUUAAAAAAGGAGUUAAGAUUAGCUAAUUCAUUUAUUAAUUUUAAACAAUUUGAUAAAAAUGAUUUAGAAAUUGAUUUUCAAUUGAAUGAAUUUUUAAAAUCUUUUGAUGAUGAUACUACCGAGUCUGUGAAAGAGAAUAAAGAUCAAUUUGAAAAUCAUAAGAGAAAAUUAGAUGAAGCUAAAUUUUUGUAA